CCCCCACCCAAGACCACACCACACACAACACAUUACUCAUCACACCACACAUACACAAUAGUCUGAAAUCAAUUAGUCAUGCAGAUCUUCGUUAAGACUCUCACCGGCAAGACCAUCACCCUUGAGGUCGAGUCCUCCGACACCAUUGACAACGUCAAGCAGAAGAUCCAAGACAAGGAGGGUAUUCCCCCAGACCAGCAGCGUCUCAUCUUUGCCGGUAAGCAGCUUGAGGAUGGCCGUACUCUCUCUGACUAUAACAUCCAGAAGGAGUCUACCCUUCAUUUGGUCUUGCGUCUCCGUGGUGGUAUGCAGAUUUUCGUCAAGACCUUGACCGGCAAGACCAUCACCCUCGAGGUCGAGUCCUCUGAUACCAUUGACAAUGUCAAGCAGAAGAUCCAAGACAAAGAGGGUAUUCCCCCAGACCAGCAGCGUCUCAUCUUUGCCGGCAAGCAGCUUGAGGAUGGCCGUACCCUUUCUGACUAUAACAUCCAGAAGGAGUCUACUCUUCAUUUGGUCUUGCGUCUCCGUGGUGGUAUGCAGAUUUUCGUCAAGACCUUGACCGGCAAGACCAUCACCCUUGAGGUCGAGUCCUCUGACACGAUCGAUAACGUCAAGCAGAAGAUUCAAGAUAAGGAAGGCAUUCCUCCAGACCAGCAGCGCCUCAUUUUCGCCGGCAAGCAGUUGGAAGAUGGCCGUACCCUCUCCGAUUACAACAUCCAGAAGGAGUCCACUCUCCACUUGGUGCUGCGCCUCCGUGGUGGUAUGCAGAUUUUCGUCAAGACCUUGACCGGCAAGACCAUCACCCUUGAGGUCGAAUCCUCUGAUACCAUUGACAAUGUCAAGCAGAAGAUCCAAGAUAAGGAGGGUAUUCCCCCAGACCAGCAGCGCCUCAUUUUUGCUGGCAAGCAGCUUGAGGAUGGCCGUACCCUUUCUGACUAUAACAUUCAGAAGGAGUCCACCCUUCAUUUGGUAUUGCGCCUUCGCGGUGGCCAGUAAAAGGGUUGCUCCCCCUCCUCCCUUCCCCUGCCGCAGUUCAUUUUGUGGUGUGGUUCUGUAGUUCAAGGGCUUUAUUCAUAGCAAAGUUUGUUAAAGUGGUCAAAUAUGAAUCCUUUCUACAAGCAAAAUAAACAAUUGUUUGUCACAACCA